GGAGAAUAGAACGCAGAGGUGUGUAUAUUUUUUAACGCGGAAAUCAUUUUUAGGAAGUUUAAAUGAAGUUGGAAACGGGUGUGGCCAGUGACACAUUUUCCGCUGUUGACAUCAACAUGGGAAGGCUCUGUUUAAGAAUUGAAGACUUGAAGCAUCAAGCCUAGUACAAAAUGUCUAGUGACUUCACAUUUAAUCUCUUAUACCUGAACAAUAACCAGUUUGUCUGGUAUGCUGUCGCUGGAGUCGUAGCAGUAAUGGGACUUGUCUUCGUUCUUUCUGUUGCCUACAGCUCUGGUAAGAACAAGGUUAAAUUAAUCAAGAACCCAAAUCCCAAUGGCUUCACAUUACAACGGUACGCGCUGGCGUUCAAGACUUCAUCUGCACCAGGGUCAGGGUUGUCUGAAAGGGUGUCUGUUCGGGUGUCCAUCACUGGACAAAAGGGCUCAACACGGUACGUGUCUUUAUCACGGCCUCUCUACCCUAACGACACACUGAGCAGAGGAAAUGAUGAUGUGUUUCUACUUCAUUUUGAACGAGGAGUGGGCGAAGUUCAACAUGUUCAUCUGUAUAUGGAAAACUAUGACUUUCAGGACAAUACAUGGUUUUUAAAGGAAGUGAACGUUUAUGACCCACAAAAGCAGAAGAAAUGGCACUUUCCCGUGAAUGGUAUAUUGAAGAUAUCUGGUGGAAAAAGGGAGCAGCGGUUUCUGAUCGAUGGUAAUACAAGUGUGUAAGUUCAGAAAUAGCGGUAAGGGCUCUGGCCGGAAUUGUUGAUAAGCACAAUGCUGACUGUGUCGUUAAGAACGAUCCACUUAAGCCUCAGUCACAUCAGAGUUACGACUACCUUCGACCUUUGCGAUUCGUCGCGAUCCUUACAUCGUGAUCAAUUGGAGCCAAUUUACCCGGACUGAGGCUUAAGAAACUGAUUGCAGUCACACCUGAACUGAAACUUCGACUCUUGCAGGACUUGUAGUCAUGUGAUUGCAUGAGAUCAAAGGCACUCUGUGACCAAAAAUGGAUGCGAUUCAUGAAGAUCGUUUGUGACUCUCGUACGUAGCUCGUACGUAGCUCGUACGACAAAGCUCGACCGUUUAACAUUGGUCGGAGUUAUGUAGAUCAUAGCUGACCGCAGACAAAAAAAACACCAACAACCACUCUUACCGGUUUGCGAUGUCGAUAUCUUCAGAAUUUUCAAGAUUUGUCGCUUUUUAACCGUACGAUGAGUCCAAGAUUUACGAAGAUUGCCUGCAAUUUUGUCUCACAAUUUGUCUUAACUAGUCGUAAGUCUAGAUGUGACUAGGGCUUUACUUUAAAGCCCCUUUACUAUGAAAUCAGUGCAUAAAGCUCCCUUUCUCAUGUCAAUUUAUAGCCCCCCCCCCCCGUUAAGAUUGUGAGGUAUCUGGUUAGUCAACAACGGUUUCUUCUAUCGAGAAGAAUUAUAUAUUCAGUUAUAAAAAUAUUCUUGAAUCGACCUGUAAACAACAAUUAACACCAUGAAACUAAAGGUCCUAAUACAUAAUUACACAAUGACAGAAGCCAGGUUUUUACCUGCUUAUGAAAAGUGGAUGGGAAAAAAUACUUUAUUUCGUUUAGUCUUGGAAUGUUUACUGUUGAAAAUAAUUACACUGGGAGUUAAACUAAAAUCUUAUAUACACAUAGUUUACAGGGCUGAUCUGACAAAGGAGAACAGGGUAUUAAGUGAGUUUUUUUAUAUUGCAUCAAUACUGGCCUGAAGGUUGCCGUAUAAAGCGACGGCCCACAGGCGAAUACAGGAGCGCCAUGCGAAAACGCUCGACUGUGUAUGUUAUGGUCCAAAUAUUGUCUGAAUAUUGCUACAUUUCUGCCAUAAAUGAAUAACACGCCCCGGACUCGACAUUCUGCUGUCAAAGACGCUUGUAGCACGCUAUUCUCAUCUUUGGGGUCAUGCUACCCGGCAUACAUGUUCAUCGUUGCUCUCUCUGACUCGGCCAUUAAGACUUUCAACUUGGU